CGGGAGGUGCCUGGCAGCCCCGGCUGAGCCAGACCUGGAACGCGCGGGUCAACCGCGAGCCCUUCGCCUGUCUUCAGGAAGCAGGGGUGCUGCCUCUCCCGGCCCCGCGGCAGUCGCCCCGCCAUGGACUCCCCGGUCCAGAUCUUCCGGGGGGAGCCGGGCCCCACCUGCGCCCCGCGCGCCUGCCUGCUCCCCAACGGCAGCGCUUGGUUCUCUGGCUGGGCCGAGUCGGACAGCAACGGCAGCGCCAGCCCGGAGGACGAGCCGCUGGAGCCCGCGCACAUCUCCCCGGCCAUUCCGGUCAUCAUCACGGCCGUCUACUCCGUGGUGUUCGUCGUGGGCUUGGUGGGCAACUCGCUGGUCAUGUUCGUGAUCAUCAGAUACACAAAAAUGAAGACAGCAACCAACAUCUACAUAUUUAACCUGGCUUUGGCAGAUGCUUUAGUUACUACAACCAUGCCCUUCCAGAGCACCGUCUAUCUGAUGAAUUCCUGGCCUUUUGGGGAUGUGCUGUGCAAGAUAGUCAUUUCCAUUGAUUAUUACAACAUGUUUACCAGUAUAUUUACCUUGACCAUGAUGAGUGUGGACCGCUACAUUGCUGUGUGCCACCCCGUGAAGGCUUUGGACUUCCGUACACCCUUAAAGGCAAAGAUUAUCAAUAUCUGUAUUUGGCUUCUGUCAUCAUCCGUUGGCAUUUCUGCCAUAGUCCUUGGAGGCACCAAAGUCAGGGAAGAUGUAGAUAUCAUCGAGUGCUCCCUGCAGUUCCCGGAUGACGACUACUCCUGGUGGGAUCUCCUCAUGAAGAUCUGUGUCUUCGUCUUUGCCUUUGUGAUCCCAGUCCUCAUCAUCAUCGUUUGCUACACCCUGAUGAUCCUGCGCCUGAAGAGUGUCCGGCUCCUCUCUGGCUCCCGUGAGAAAGAUCGAAACCUCCGCAGGAUCACCAGGCUGGUCCUGGUGGUGGUGGCCGUCUUUAUCAUCUGUUGGACCCCGAUUCACAUUUUCAUCCUUGUAGAGGCCCUGGGCAGCACUUCCCACAGCACAGCCGCUCUCUCCAGCUAUUACUUCUGCAUCGCCUUGGGCUAUACCAACAGCAGCCUGAAUCCCAUCCUCUAUGCCUUCCUUGAUGAAAACUUCAAGCGAUGUUUUAGGGACUUCUGCUUUCCCAUUAAGAUGAGGAUGGAGAGGCAGAGCACUAGCAGAGUCCGAAACACAGUCCAGGAUCCUGCUUACAUGAGGGAUGUGGAUGGGAUGAAUAAACCAGUAUGACUAGUCGUGGAGAUGUCUUCUUACAGUUCUCCAGGAAGAGAUGAAUUCAAUGAUCUAGGUUUAACUCAGAUUACUACUGCAGUCUGAAAUGGAAAGACAGUUUUAUUAAAUUUGGAAAUCUCCUGCUCUGAAGUCAUCAGAUGCAGGCUGCAUUCACAAUCCAGCUCAGUGGAAACAGCGAUACUGUAGAGAUGGAGGACCAAAGGUCCUAGCAACAAACACGACGUGAGGCUGAUGCACGGUCCCUUUGAUGGAGAACAAUCUAGGCCUUUUUCUUCUGGUUCCCUAGAUUUAGCCCCCAUCUGUUGUGGCCUUCCUAUACAACUGGCUUCAAGGCUCUCUUUAAGAAAAAAAGAAAAGGAAAUAACAAAGUUUGGCUUCAGGGCUUCAUAGAUAUCCAAUCCGGAUGUUCAACACUGGCAGCAACAAGCUCAAAAAGAAUCAGAACCAUUUCCAGGGUUCAUACCUCUCUCUCUCUCUCUCUCUCUCUCUCUCUCUCUCUGCAAGAUGGAGAUGCAUUUCAUGUGGCUGUAUGGAGAGAAUUCCUGCCUAAGUAGGACUUGGACGCACUCUUGGGAUCUGAUGUUCACGUAUGAUAGAACAUUAUCUUGACAUUUGUAAACUUAUCUAAACAUAUAAAAGGUGGAUUCUAACAUAGUCUAAUAUUUUGAAAACUACAACUGUUGGGGUUUUCUUAGCAUGGACUUCAACUGAAUCUUCUGAUAAACACAUACCAUAUGUUAAGAACCAUAAAAUGGCUUAAAUACCACUGGAACUGUAUAUAGUUCGAUCUGUUCAUAAUAGUCUAUGUGAAAAUAAGAAAUGGGCUUCCUUUCUAGCCUGGAAAUUUCCCAAGGGUACACUAAUGACAUCCCCUGAAUUAUUAAGAAUUGAUGCUAAGACAUUUUGCUGCAAUGUCAGCUAUCUCUGGGAUAAUCAGUCACUGUGUGAUUUCUUUUAGACUCCCAAACAUAAUUUAAUCUUUCAACAAUGCUUAUAACUCAGUGUUAACAACCCCCAAACCUUUAACUCACUCUCAGAUUGGAGCCUUAGUGAAAGCUAAUUUAUCUGUGGCAUCUCUUCAUAAAUAUAUAACUAUUAACAGAUUCUUUUUGCUCAUAGAGGGAAGAUGUUUGAUUACAUACAUAUCAAGAUUUUAUUUUGUGGCUUCAGCAGGAAGCAGAAUUGCUUCUAAAUGUGUGAUGAAUGAGGACAUUAUGGCACUGGGGGUGCAUGAGCAUAUCUUGCAUAGUAUUCUGUGAAGGGCAUGGCUGUCGAGGAUAAUGACAUGAAUAGCACAUUUAGGAUAAUUUUGCUGCAACUUCCAGAUGACAUAUAAAUUCCCUCUUCUUUUCCAUAAAACUCAAAGUAAUGGCUUUUUCUAUAAUUUUCCUGGGAAGAAGAAAGGGAUAAUGUAGAAAUAAUACCCAUCUUUAAGCCUAUAUCUUAUGAAAGCAUUACCCUUUGCAAUUUGAUAGGGGCAUUGAAGGUGUAGAAUUAUAUAAUUACAGGCAUCACUGUAUCUAUGACUUCUGUUAAGCAUGUGCUUUCUCUGUAGUCUACAUUACCUCUCAUUCUGGAAAUGAAAUCUUACAUUGAAAGUUAUACAUGUGGCUUCAGAAUUUUGAUCAUGUUUGUCUCCAUUCCAGGUUUUUAUGGCACCUAACACAGAUGGUGUGAGGCAACAUAGUAGGGAUUUUUCAUAAUAAAAAAUAUAGCGCUCUUUUGAGUAUUUCUUAAAUUUCAGUGAAAUUCCUACUUGUAGGGCUGGCGAUUUAGCUCAGUGGUUCUGGCGCCUGCUUCUCAAGUGCAAGGUCCCGAGUUUGAUCCCUGGUACCAAAAAAAAAAAAAAAAUUCCUACUUGUGCUCAAAUUCUGGUAAAUGAAUUUAGAUAGGAAUGGCUUAAAUAUUGGCUAUUAUAUAAGAGGGAUAUCUACAUAGAAAGUAGUUCCAGUGACAAACCCUACUGAAAUAGGAAAUUGAAAAACCUCUUUCAGGAACAGCAAAGCCAAAAUGGAAAAAGAGUUAGCAUCAUGGAAUGAAAUUAUAUGUAGAAGAGUGUUCACUUUAGUAUUCCAUAUGCUAUUUCAACAUUAAGCGCCAUUAUUGGGAUCUGAACUUUUGCCUGAUUGUCCUGCAUAGAGAGAGUUGCAACCCAAGGAGGGAAAUGGGUAGCUAUUUUGCUCGUGAGAUGUGUUCCAAGCUCCUGAAUUACUGUUAACGCUGACUCCCUUCAAACUGAAGGAAGAGAGAUAAUGUGAAUGAGUGUCUUUUUAGGGCACUUCUUUUUUUUUGUGUGU